AUGUGCUGGCUCAAGGCCAAAACUCGCCAGGGAAGAGCGCUGUAUCAGCAAGGGACUGGAUCAUACUACUUCUCGAACCUAAAGAUUGAAAACCAUGGGGAAAAGACGUUCUCUCCGCGAGUGAAGCAGCUGAACAUGAGAUUGGGAGAGAACGACUUGAGCAAGAAGUACUGGAAGGCGGCAGGAAUUCGUGGCUCGGCUCUUGGCCAAGUUGGAGCUCCGCAGAUCGAUCACUUCGUGGAGGAAGCAGCGGCUGAUUGUGGUUCUGAUCCCGGCUGCGUAUGCGACUGGGCGGGGAAGCCCAGGCAAUGUCUAUACGAGUACUGCUGCGGGACGCUAGUGGGGAGGUUGGGACAGUCGAGACCUGACUACCAGACUGUGCUUCCUAGCGUCGAAGAUAGGGUUGAGGGGAAGUACCAGGAGAUGCACUUGGAAAAGUGGCAGAGGAUCUGCCAGCCGGAGCAAACUUUCUUCUCGAAACAUUGCUCGAAGCAGGCCCUUCCUGCCAACGACAAUAGAAGACACUGA